AAAAAGCUUCCAAGUACCUAUUUAUGUCAUCUGUGUUUUCAGAAAGGUCACUUUAUCAAAGAUUGUCCCCAGGCGCACCCGAAAGGUGAGGGCCUGACUCCGUACCAGGGCAAGAAGAGAUGCUUCGGAGAGUACAAGUGCCCCAAGUGCAAGAGGAAGUGGAUGAGUGGCAACAGUUGGGCCAACAUGGGGCAGGAGUGCAUCAAGUGCCACAUCAAUGUCUUUCCGCAGAAACAGCGGCCUCUCGAGAAACCAGACGGCUUGGACGUUUCCGACCAGGCGAAAGUUCAUCCCCAACACCUCUGCCAGAAAUGCAAACAACUCGGCUACUACUGCAGGAGAAUC